GCAAAGAAAUUCCUCCUUAGGUCUAGUCUGAGUCUUCUCGAAGCCUCCUCCAGGGUGAACAACCCCAACUCUCUUAGGCUGUCCUCCUAUGGGAGGUGCUCCAGCCCUCCCAUACUAGUUGGGGAAAGACUCCAAACAGAGGUGAUUACAGAAGAAGACACGUGUUCAGCACAGAUCACACUGAACACGAGACAUUGUCAUCUUCAAUGAAUGAACAGUGUCUAGGAAAACCGUGCUUGAAACAAAACACACUGUCAGAGGGAUAUUCUGCCCAACUUCCAAAAACGUACAGUUACCGAGGUGAAACUUUACUUUAGCUCACAUAAAAAAUCUUCCAUUUUCUCUAAUAACUACUACUCCUUGUAUCAGCGCUGGGUGAUCUUUAGGAUCCCUUGCAACCCAAACUGGCGAAUCCCUGGAGGCAGCGUGGGUGUGCUGUGCCUGCGUCCCCCCGAGGACUUUACCCCAUGGCUACGUGGGGCAGGUGGGGGUGCAAGGGGCACUGGAGGAGCCUGGAUCGGGAGAGCUCAGCCCUUGUGGAGGCAUCAGCUCCUAGGGAGAAGCCUGCUCGGGGGGUGGGGGCUUAAGAAGCGGGCAUUCAGUACUGGAUACACUGGGGAAUCGAUCUAUAAGUAGCAGGUUUUCUAAACCACUAAAUUUAUACAUAUUAUAUUUCUUGUAAAAAUCAUGGAUAUUAAUCACAUUUCGAUCCACCCCCCUGUGUAUCUGGUACUGAAUGAAGAGACUGCCUGCCUCUUAAGCCCCCCAUGUUCAGAAGUUCCCUUUCCCAACUUCGGUGACAUGGCGCUGUGUGUCAGCCCUCCCCAGAGAGGUGUGUGCUCGGCAUUGGCCUCGAGCACCCCUUUUGCCUCAGGGUUAAUGCAGGUUUGGGGAGAGGAGGGAGCGGAGAAGGUGGUGGUGGUGACGUAUAGCGAUAGUAGGCACCUGUCGUGGCUCACUGCUGUGCCCACAACAUGCCUUGGAUAUCAAGUGCCUGUUUGUAUACCAGCCUUUUUAAUACGUCGCCCGAGGUCACCAAUCGGCGUGAUUGAAAUGUUGGAGAUGUGUCAAAGCGCUCCUGGGACACGCACUGGGAAAGGACGGCGGCUCGGAGUGCUCCCUUACACGGGGAAUAGCUGCAUGUCAGUGAGGUGGAAACGCGAACGGUUUAUGGAAGUAACAAUAUUAAUGCUACAGAGUGGCAGGAAGGAAGUAUUUCAUUGGGCAGGGAGUCCAAAGGUUUUAAAGAAGACAAGAAAGAACAGUGUGGAAGAGCCAGAUACUGUCUAUGGAUGAAAGGACAGCAGCUGCAUGCCAGCAGACAUGAACAAUAAAAAAGAAAUGCUUCUCAGGGAUAGAGAACUGGCUUUUUCACAAGCAUGCUGUACUGUAGUGCUUCAUAUUAGGUAUGCAACUGUUAUGUGGCAUGUUGAGCAUUCCUAAAAUUAACAACUUAUCCAAGAGCCUUACAUAACAAUUUGGAAAAGUCUUUACCUUAAGGUCUUUCAGAGUUCUACAAAGCAAGAAAGAAAUGCUACAAAAGAA